GGGGAGGAGUUUAGGAGUCCUAAAGCAAGGGGGAGGAGUUUAGGAGUCUUAAAGCAAGGGGGAGGAGUUUAGGAGUCUUAAAGCAAGGGGGAAGAGUUUAGGAGUCCCAACGCAAGGGGGAGGAGUUUAGGAGUCUUAAAGCAAGGGGGAAGAGUUUAGGAGUCCCAAAACAAGGGGGAGGAGUUUAGGAGUCCUAAAGCAAGGGGGAGGAGUUUCCUUUCCCGACUGUUGAAAGAGGUUUAAUUCCCACUGUCGCUGAACUUCUUCUGCUUGCUUGUUUGUUUGUUUGUUGUUCCCAUUACUUGGGGUCACCACGGUUGAUUGGCUGACCUGUGGGUGAGGUUUAGGGGCCGGAGGCCAUGGCGGGCCGACUCCUCCUCUUCCUCUUCUUCGCCGUGACCGGCCAGCGUCUGAAGCCCCGCCUCCAGAGAGACCGCCGCAACAUCCGGCCGAACAUCAUCCUCAUCAUGACGGACGACCAGGAUCAGGAGCUGGGUUCGAUGCAGGCGAUGAAUAAGACGCGUCGCAUCAUGGAAGAGGGCGGGACUUCCUUCUCCAAUGCCUUCGUGACCACGCCCAUGUGCUGUCCGUCAAGAUCGAGCAUGCUCACUGGGAAGUACGUCCACAACCACAACACCUACACCAACAAUGAGAACUGCUCCUCUCCCUCAUGGCAGAAACACCACGAGCACCGGAGCUUUGGAGUCCACCUGAACAGCACCGGAUACAGGACAGCGUUCUUGAAGUAUCUGAACAGUACAACGGCUCUACGUGCUGGCUGGAGGAGGGCUCGCCUGGUGAAGAACAGCCGCUUCUACAACUACACACUGAGCCGCAACGGGGUCCGGGAGAAACACGGGGCGCAGUACCCACAGGACUACCUGACCGACCUCAUCACGGCCGAGUCCAUCCGGUACUUCCGCUCCUCCAAGAGAGUUUACCCUCACCGCCCGGUGCUGAUGGUGCUGAGCCACGCGGCGCCGCACGGACCAGAAGACGCGGCGCCGCAGUACAGCACCGCCUUCCCCAACGCCUCGCAGCACAUUACUCCCAGUUACAACUACGCUCCGAACCAGGACAAACACUGGAUCCUGCGCUACACCGGCCCCAUGAAGCCCGUCCACAUGCAGUUCACCAACAUGCUGCAAAGGAAACGGCUGCAGACACUGCUGUCUGUGGACGACAGCAUGGAGAGGCUCUACAACAUGCUGGUGGAGACCGGCGAGUUGGAGAACACGUACAUCAUCUACACGUCAGACCACGGUUACCACAUCGGACAGUUUGGCCUCGUCAAAGGUAAAUCCAUGCCGUACGAGUUUGACAUCAGAGUCCCGUUCUUCAUUCGAGGACCAAACGUGGAACAAGGCACCAUUAACCCUCACAUGGUCUUGAACAUCGAUCUGGCUCCCACCAUCCUGGACAUCGCCGGCCUCGACACGCCUCCAGACAUGGACGGGAAGUCCAUCCUCCAUCUGCUGGAGGCCGACAAGCCAGCCAACCGGUUCCAGGUGAACAGGAAGCCGAAGGUGUGGAGGGACUCGUUCCUGGUGGAGAGAGGGUAA